AUGGCAGCGUUACCGAUAAUCGCUGAUCCAAAAGCAAAACCGCAAAAAAACGAUGGAGGAUCCAAGAAUGGUGAAAAAUCUGACAAGAAAUUAACAGUUUUAGAAACGCACGGCUACACCUUGGGACAAACUAUCGGUACUGGAUCAUACGCGACCGUAAAGGUCGCUAAAUCCGAACGCCACGGUUGUCGAGUGGCGGUAAAAAUCGUCUCGAAAUUUCAGGCCCCAGGGGAUUAUUUGAAAAAAUUUUUACCCCGCGAAAUCGAAGUCGUCAAAGGACUGAGACAUCCGAAUUUAAUUCGUUUUCUUCAAGCAAUCGAAACAACGCAUAGGGUUUACAUAGUAAUGGAAUUUGCGCAGAAUGGUAGUUUAUUGGAUGUAAUACGUCGGGAUUCUCACAUAGACGAAGGACGAGGUCGCCGAUGGUUUAGGCAAUUGAUCGACGCCGUCGAUUAUUGCCAUGAACGAGGUGUGGUUCACAGGGAUAUAAAAUGCGAGAAUUUGUUAAUCGACUCCGCCUUCAACAUAAAAUUAUCGGAUUUUGGAUUCGCUCGGGGUCACAUGAAACCCAAAAAUGGAAUAGCACCCCUCAGCGAAACGUUUUGCGGUAGUUACGCAUACGCUUCUCCGGAAAUUCUUAGGGGUGUCCCUUACCAGCCACAGUUAUCGGACAUUUGGUCCAUGGGUGUGGUUUUGUAUACAAUGGUAUACGGCAGACUUCCUUUCGACGAUACAAACUACGCCCAGCUUCUUAAGCAAGUACAAAAUAAGGUGACGUUCCCGAAGGAACCAAAGGUUUCGUCCGAAUGCCGAGCUCUCAUAACUCGAAUUCUUGCACCUCAAAGUUCCAGACUUCGUAUCGCGAUAAUAAGAAAUGAUUCCUGGUUAGCCGCUUCGAUUGCUGUCGCGCAAACAUCAACAACAGAUUAUUCGAUGGAUUUGCCUGCAGUUUUCGAUAAGGGUAUGGAACAUUGUUCGGAGAAAGAAGUUGAUAAAAUUUUGAAAAAAGAUCAUAAACAGUUGUCUACGAAAUUAAAAGUAGAAGAAAAAGCUCAGAUGACGGACGCAAAGUCCGAUUUAGCAAAAACAAUUUCUUCAACUUUGAACGUAGACUUCGUUGAGCCAGAGAAAGAAGGAAAAUCAAGCUACCAAGAUGAAGACCUUGCAUAA